AUGGAAAAUAUGUCAGGGGCAAAAGUGGAUGUGAUUUGGUCACCUGUGCACCAUGAUAAGUUUAUUAUAUGGGGGCCUGAUAUAACCUUAUAUGAAGUUGCUAGACUUAAAGAAAUAGAAAAAAAGACUUCAUUCACUCAAAUAUCCUCUACAAGAGGUGCUAUAGUAGUUGCAUCUCAAAGUGCAAGUGGAGUAUGUUGUGUGGAUAUAAGUGCUAUAGUCGAUCAACCAGAUCCCCUACUAGCACUGGGACAUGCCACUGGCAAAGUUACUUUAACAAGCCUUAAGCAGACAUAUGACCCGCUAGGCUUAGUUGGAAGGGAGUUUGGGGUUAAGUAUGCUCGUCCGUGCAAUGGUGUGGCUUGGAACCACAAUGAGAACAACCUCCUUGCGGUUGCCUUGGAUAAACACCGUAGUGACAACUGUAUACAGGUGUGGGAUGUGCAUCAUUCAUCAUUAUCUACUGAAGAUUAUCCAGACAAUGCAUCUCCACCUCCGUCGGAGCCAGGUCGGCCUAUUGCUGAGCUAGCAAUAUCAGAAACGGCACACAGCAUUGCCUGGACUAACCUCGGCAGUCGAGUUUUGGCUGCAUCUAUGAACUUGAAGAAUAUAAAAAUUUUCGAUCUCAGAGAGCAUACAGGCAAAGCGAUGGGCGUGGCAACGAGCCGACAGUGCCUGGGCGUGUGCGCGGAGCCCAGCGGCUGGCAGCUGGCGUCGCGCGGCGACGGCGGCGUGUGCGUGUGGGACGCGCGCGCCCUCGCCCGCCCGCUGCUGGGCCUGCCCGCCGCGCGCCCGCCCCGCAAGAUACAGUGGUGCCCCACCAGACGAAACCUUUUACUGUCGCUGCAGCGUGACUCCAGCACUUUACGCCUGCACGACAUCCAGCAAGCACAGGAGUACAAAGCUACUCAAUCUUUCGAUAGUUCUAUGUCGGCAACGCCGGCCCUGGAGGAGCUGGACGAGCUGGAGGAGCAGCCGGCGCGCGGGCCUAGUGUGCUGGAGCGCGACGUAUGCCCUGCCGCGCAGCCGCUCGCCUCCUUCAGCUGGCACCCGGCGCACGAGGCGCGCCUGCUGGCCGUCUGCCUGACGGGUGGAGUGGUGGAGUACACGGUGUGCGAGCGCGUAACGGUGGGCUGGGGCGCCCGUGGCGGGCUGGUAUGGGCGGGCGGCGGUGCGCUGCGGCUGAUGCGUGAUGACUUUUACUCCACUCUGCGAGACAUCUCACACAUCAUGCAGCAACGUGCCAGCACUGACUACGGGCUCAAGCCGGACUUGUGGCAAAAUGCAGAUCUUGCCGAAGAUGAAGCACUGAGUGGAUUGUGGCAUUUCUUAGCGCUGAGCAAGUCGCUGGUGGAAGACGGCUGCUUUCGCAACAGUCCAUGGAAGCACCCUGGAGUUCGUACGGUGUUACGGUCGCCGGGAGAGGGCGGAUACCGUUCCGAGGCAGUGCCGCUGCUGCUGCCCGACAUGCCCAAUAGGAAAGUGACCGUGUAUAGGAGCGCGGAGCGGCAGUGCGCGCUGCAGCUGUGCGGCUGGGGCUGGGGCUGGGAGAACGCGGGCGUGGGCGUGGAGCGCGCCGAGGCGGAGGGCACGCCGUGCCGCGCCGCCGCCAUCGCCGCCUUCCACCUGCGCGCGCGCGCCGCGCUCGACGUGCUGGCGCGCGCGCGCGAGCCGCGCCUGCGCGUCGCCGCGCUCGCGCUGGCAGGUCCGGGUGCGGACGAGCGGCUGUGGCACGAGGCGAUCUCGGCCGCCGCGCCCGCGCUGCCCGACGCAUACCUUCGCGCCACGCUGCACUUCCUGGCCGCCGUGGCCGCGCCGCCGCACGCAGACCUCGCCGCCGUGCUGAAUGAGACAGAGAUGCGGCUAGAGGAUCGUGUGGCGUUCGCAUGCAUCUACCUGUCGGACACGAAGCUCCACGAGUACGUGAAGCAGACGUGUGACACGCUCAUGGAACAGGGCGAUUUGUCCGGGAUGCUGCUCACGGGCGUGAGCGCGGAGGGCGUGGCGCUGCUGCAGCGCUGGGUGGAGUGCGGCGGCGACGUGCAGUCGGCCGCGCUGCUGGCGGCCCGCUGCGCGCCGCCCGACCUGCUGCGCGACCCGCGCGUGCUCAACUGGCUCGAGAGCUACCGCACGCUGCUGGACAGCUGGCGGCUGUGGUGGGCGCGCUGCGCGCUGGACACGUGCGUGUGGGCGGGCGCGGGGGCGGGCGGCGAGGAGCCGGCCGCGCGCCGCGUGGGCGUGGCCUGCAGCUACUGCGGCAAGUCCGUGGCCGCGCCCGCCGCCAGCGCGCGCGCCCGCCCCGCCCUCGCGCGCCUGCCGCCGCCCGCCGCCAAGAUGAAGCAAAUUUCAUCGUGCCCUAACUGCCGUAAGCCAUUGCCCCGUUGUGGCGUGUGCUUGCUGCACUUGGGCACUGGCGCCACCGGUGGCGUAGGCGUGGGGGUGGGGGGCUUGAGCUCCGGCGGCAGCGUGGGCGUGGCGGGGGGCGCGGGGGUGGGGGCGGGCGGCGCGCACUUCGGCGGCUGGUUCAGCUGGUGCGUGGCCUGCAGGCACGGGGGCCACGCUGCGCACUUGCUUCAGUGGUUUAGCGAACACUCUGAGUGUCCAGUGAGCUCGUGCUCGUGUCGCUGCAGCUCGCUGGACCCACCGGACCACCUUUAA